UUGGAGUUUGGAAAAUUGUCUGAAGGAAAAAAGGAAAAGGGGAACCGGAAGGAUUCAUGUGAGGAGGGAGGAAAGGCCAAAAGGAGACGCUGGUUCCGGCUUUGGGAGCCUCAACAAUCAUUUCGGGAGGGGGGGGGCUCUGGUUUUUGUUUUACGCCAUGAAGAUCUCCAAGUUCUUCUUCACAUGGCUGUCGCUGGAUCGUCUUCUUUUUCUUCUUCUACUUUGUGCUUCUCCAUCUUUUUGUGUAGUUCUAGAAGACGACAUAAGGUGCCUUCGAGGGGUUAAGAAUGCGCUUGUUGAUCCACUCGGAAGGCUUAGUUCUUGGGAUUUCAAGAACACAUCUGUUGGCUAUCUCUGCAACAAAUUUGUCGGUCUCUCCUGCUGGAACGACCGUGAGAAUCGCAUUCUGAGUCUCGAGCUUAGAGAUAUGAAGCUUUCCGGUUCGAUUUCUGAGGACUUGCAGUACUGUGUGAGUCUGCAGAAAAUGGAUCUGUCCGGGAAUAGCUUUUCCGGUGCGAUCCCGCCGCAUAUUUGUAAGUGGCUUCCGUAUUUGGUUAGCAUAGAUUUGUCGAACAAUCAAUUUACCGGCCCUAUUCCGGCUGAUCUCGCCGGGUGUUCUUAUCUGAAUUCGUUGAUUUUGUCUGAUAAUGGGCUUUCUGGUACAAUACCAGUUGAGCUCACGAGUUUGGGUAGGCUUAACAAGUUUUCCGUUGCGAACAAUCAUCUCACUGGUACGAUUCCCUCCUUUUUUGAUAAAUUUGGGAAGGAGGAUUUUGAUGGGAACAGUGACUUAUGUGGAGGGCCUGUUGGAUCGAGUUGUGGCGGGUUGAGCAAGAAGAAUCUUGCGAUCAUUAUAGCUGCUGGUGUGUUUGGUGCUGCGGCUUCUCUGUUGUUAGGUUUUGGGUUGUGGUGGUGGUAUCAAUCUAGAAUGAACAUGAAGAAGAGAAGGGGAUAUCGGGAUGGAAUUAGUGGGGAUUGGGCUGAUAGAUUGAGAGCCUAUAAGCUUGUUCAAGUUUCCUUGUUUCAAAAGCCUCUUGUGAAAGUUAAAUUGGCUGAUUUGAUGGCUGCUACUAACAAUUUCAAUUCUGAAAAUAUUAUAGUUUCUUCUAGAACUGGGACUACUUAUAGAGCUGUUCUUCCAGAUGGCUCUGUGCUUGCUAUAAAGCGGCUCAAUACCUGCAAGCUUGGUGAGAAGCUGUUUCGAAUGGAGAUGAACCGGUUAGGAUUGAUAAGGCACCCGAAUUUGACACCCCUUUUGGGGUUCUGUGUUGUGGAAGAGGAAAAGCUUUUGGUUUAUAAGUAUAUGUCUAAUGGUACUUUGUCCUCUUUGUUACAUGGAAAUGGUGAGAUAUUGGAUUGGCCAACUAGGUUUAGGAUCGGUUUGGGUGCGGCUAGGGGUCUUGCUUGGCUUCAUCAUGGAUGCCAACCUCCAUUCAUGCAUCAAAACAUAUGUUCUAGUGUAAUUCUUGUGGAUGAAGACUAUGAUGCUAGAAUCAUUGAUUUUGGAUUAGCAAGGUUGAUGUCUUCAGAUUCUCACGACAGUAGUUUUGUAAAUGGAGAUUUAGGGGAGCUUGGUUACAUCGCUCCCGAAUAUCCGAGCACCAUGGUUGCUUCUCUGAAGGGGGAUGUUUAUGGAUUUGGGGUUGUGCUUUUGGAGUUGGUCACUGGCCAAAAACCUCUAGAAGUCACUAAAGCAGAGGAAGGCUAUAAGGGUAACUUGGUGGAUUGGGUUAAUCAGCUAAGUAUUUCGGGUCGAAUUAAGGAUGUUAUUGAUAAAGAUCUUUGUGGGAAAGGGAACGAUGAGGAAAUCUUACAAUUUAUGAAAAUUACGAUGAACUGCGUUGUUUCUCGCCCCAAGGAUAGGUGGUCUAUGUAUCAAGUUUAUCAGUCAAUGAAAACCAUGGCUAAAGACUACAGUUUCCCUGACCCAGAUGUUGAAUUCCCACUUUUAUUCGGCAAGGGAGAUGAACUCAUGUAGUUCCAGAAAAAUAUCUAUGGAUUGAAAACAUUAUAUAGAGAACUCGGGAUUUCUACAUCUUCUGGUGAGUUCUCAAUGGCCCUUAAUGCUAAUCGUGUUGAUUCCCGUCAUAAGAACUUGUUUCGACAUUUGUUUCGAAUGGCUGUAUGUACAAUAAACCCGAGUUAAUCUGUAGGUUCUUGAAUUCUGAAGUAAUUUGUCUAUUAUCCUUGCUUUCAAUGGAGCACUGCCAAUGUAGAGAUUCCAUGCUUUCGAGUAAAACAUUUAAACUAUACCACGAUGGCUUGUAUGUAUGCUUCAUAAGCUUCAUUAUUGUUUCUUGCAUUGAAAUAUGUAGGAUAAACUUGUUAGGAUGUA